UAUUUAGAAGUGUCACUUACCUAACUAGUCACCUAACUACCAACUGAAAACCAGUUCCUCUUUCUCUGUCUUCAUUGAAUUCAAAUAAUCAAACAAAUAGUCGAUGACCUUUUCCUUCCCUUUGUUCCUACUCUUCUUCUUCAUCUACCCCUUCCUAGUUACUUCCUCUUUCCAUUCUCUCCAAUUUCUAGGGUUUCCUCAACUCUUUUCCUUUUUCCAGGUCUGUCUGCUUCUUCCAAUUCUCUAUUUUCUUUCCUCUUAAAGGAACUUGCCCACCAAAGUCUCAAAUUCAAAUAGGAAAAAAAAUAGAAUUUUCUUUAUCUGCACUCUUCAUUGACUCCCUUUAACCCAACCAAUUUGCCAUGUCAAGUUUGGAGGAACCACUUGGUCUUGACAAGUUACCAAGCAUGAAUACCAUUGACAGGAUUCAGAGGUUCUCGUCAGGUUCUUGCCGUCCUAGAGUAGAUAACUUGGGCAUGGGAAACUGCUGGAUUGAAGGACGAAGUUGCAGAACAUCUAACAGCUGCAAUGAAGAUGAUGAAGAGUAUACAGCAGAGACAUUCCCAUGGAAAAUACAAACAAGAGACUUAUCCCAAGAUGACUCCUUCAGUCAAAAGUCUCUGACCAAAGGGAGGAAGUCAAUGAAAUUUGGAAUGAUUGAUGAUUCAAUCUCUGAUUGCCAAAGCAGUCCAAAAUGCCACACCAAAGAUAUGCAAGGUUUGGCUUAUAAGUUUCUGAAUAGUAUACCAAAGUUUGUAAAGAUAGUAGAAGUUGGUCCAAGGGAUGGAUUACAAAAUGAGAAGAACAUUGUGCCUACAUCUGUGAAGAUUGAAUUGAUUCAUAGACUAGCUUCCACCGGGUUAUCUGUUAUUGAGGCUACAAGCUUUGUAUCUCCCAAAUGGGUCCCACAGUUGGCUGAUGCAAAUGAUGUAAUGCAAGCAGUACAUAACUUGAGAGGCAUCAGAUUACCAGUUCUGACCCCUAAUUUAAAGGGUUUUGAAGCUGCAAUGGCUUCUGGUGCCAGAGAAGUUGCUAUUUUUGCAUCAGCUUCAGAAUCAUUUUCAAAAUCAAACAUUAACUGUAGCAUCGAAGAGAGCCUUAUUCGUUUCCGAGCUGUUACUCGUGCUGCUAAACAACUCUCAAUUCCUGUUCGAGGUUAUGUAUCAUGUGUUGCUGGAUGCCCAGUGGAAGGACCAAUCCCUCCUUCCAAAGUGGCAUAUGUUGCUAAAGAAUUAUAUGAUAUGGGUUGCUUUGAAAUCUCCCUUGGUGACACAAUUGGAGUUGGCACACCAGGAACUGUAGUUCCUAUGCUUUUGGCUGUGAUGGGUGUAGUUCCAAUAGAUAAGAUAGCUGUCCACUUUCAUGACACAUAUGGGCAAUCUCUUCCAAAUAUACUUGUGUCCCUCCAAAUGGGGAUUAGCACAGUGGAUUCCUCUGUUGCUGGUCUUGGUGGGUGUCCAUAUGCUAAGGGAGCUUCAGGAAAUGUUGCAACUGAAGAUGUUGUUUAUAUGUUGAACGGCCUUGGUGUCAAAACCAAUGUUGAUCUUGGAAAACUCAUGUUGGCUGGGGAUUUCAUCAGCAACCAUUUGGGGAGGCCAUCCACUUCAAAGACUGCCAUUGCCUUGAACCGUGUCACAAGUAAUGCAUCCAAGAUAUCAUAUUAACUAUUAAGUGUACCAUAAAAAUUUAUAUCAAUAUGGAAAUAUGCUUCAUGGUGGCAUAUGAUCACUCUACAUAUUAUGUUCCUUGUUCUGCAUGCUAGUAGCAGAGGAAUAACAUGUUCACUUACAUGGAUGAGUUUUGGUUUUGGGAAGGAAGAAAUAUAGUGAGUGCAAGUUGCUUAUUUGAAGCUUAUCUUAUCAUUGUACAACAAAAGUCUUUUUUCCAUGCCCAGGAAUCAGGUAGUGAAUUGUAAGGAUGAGUAAAAUCUAUUUGGUUAGUCAUAAAUAUUCUUGAAAAUACUUA